AUGUUGUCCACGUUGGGACUGCUCUUCCCACUAUUUACAGCAGUGGCGCAAGCCAAUGUGGAAAAGACAAUCUUCCUAGCACCAGAGCCAGCAACAAUUCCGGCCGGCGGACCAGAUCUCGAUGAUCUAGGUCUCGAGCGUCUCUCACCAGAGAGACCCGUGGUGCGCACACGGCUCAAUGCCUCAUUCCCAACAUCCGACGCACCCAGAGGCACGGAAUCGUGGUUCUUCCUCGAAAACCUGAAUCCGGGCCAGCGGUAUGAAGUACGAGUCUGUUGGCUAGCCACCCAACCGACAUCAUUCACUCUGACCACCUACCCAUUAUCAACCGCCAUCGAAGACACAGCUCUCCUGUCUUCGCUGAGCAUGUACACAGCAUCCCGACUUGCAGCGCUGGAUCCUCAGCUGCAAGCAAAUAGCAUUCCGCGCGGCGCCAGUCUUCGUGGUAGCGAGGAUCCGCGCGAUCCCGCCCCGACCAGUGACUCGGUCCUCUUCCUGCGUGUGCACGCCGCAGCAGACUAUUUCAGCGCUGAGCAGUCCUUGAUGCACAAUGUGCCGCCGGUAGCGGUGGAUCUGAUCCUCGACCCAUUCUUGUUCAAUGUUUUCCCACGCUCGUUGGUGCCGACGGCGGGAUGGACUGUGGUUGUUGCCGUUCUGGCGGUAGUGCUCGGCAGAUGGAUUGUGAAGGAGGUUGGGAGAGCUGUAAAUGAUGCCAGGAGGCAAAGUGCUUUGGAGGAGAUGAAGAAGAAGUAA